AUGUCUGGACGCGGUAAGCAGGGCGGCAAGGCGCGCGCCAAGGCCAAGACCCGCUCGUCUCGGGCCGGCCUGCAGUUCCCCGUGGGCCGAGUGCACCGGCUGCUCCGCAAGGGCAACUACUCGGAGCGGGUGGGCGCCGGCGCCCCGGUCUACCUGGCGGCCGUGCUCGAGUACCUGACGGCCGAGAUCCUGGAGCUGGCGGGCAACGCGGCCCGCGACAACAAGAAGACGCGCAUCAUCCCGCGCCACCUGCAGCUGGCCAUCCGCAACGACGAGGAGCUCAACAAGCUGUUGGGACGCGUGACCAUCGCGCAGGGCGGCGUCCUGCCCAACAUCCAGGCCGUGCUGCUGCCCAAGAAGACCGAGAGCCACCACAAGGCCAAAGGCAAAUAAAUUGCCCAACCGCGUAUUAAAA